AUCACAGAUACAUUAUAACAUAUUUGUAAAGAGGCGCUAAUCGGCUCUUCAGAUCUGGGCCAAAAAGCUUGCCAUUAUCCAGUACAUGUAACUAAGCAUCCAGCCUUCUCCACAUCUUACAAAUACAUGGGUCAGGUAUGCAGCAAUGCAAUGGCGUUCUGCUGUCUAUCUCGCCGACAUUAUUACCCCGAGUCCAAGGAGAACAAGGAGCCGCAUGUGGUUGAAGACGAGAGCUGGAAGCGCUGGAGCUCUUACAAUCUCAUUCAUCAUUCAAAUGUUUACAGACUGCAAGGCUUUGAAAAGUAUACGCCUCCGACAUAUAAGAGUUUAAGUCAACAACCGGCCGAAGCCGUUUGGGAAGUUUAAAAUAUCCAUUGCAAAAUGAUAUUCCAAUUAGGAAGUGAAUUCGAACUUGAGUUUCCAAGUUUUCAUUAUUUUUGAUCAUCUAGU